AUGCUUACACCAUUUGAACGGACGGUAUGUGACAAUGCACCCGUGGAGAAAUGCACCCGCGUAAACAUCCCUCCCGCUUUCCUCGGCCCCGCCUUGCCCUCCCCCGUCCUCACCAUGUUCCCCUACCUCUACGUCGCCCUGGCCGGCAAGCUCGCGGCCACCUUCUUCGAUCUCUACGUCACGCGCCGUCAGCACAAGCGCUAUGCCCCGCACGUCGUCCCGUCCCGCCGCCUCGCGGCCAUCAUCCCGCCGGCCAAGUUCGAGCAAGCCCAGCGCUACUGCCGCGCCAAGUCCUCGUUCCAAAUCUUCAUGGCCGUCCUCGAGGCAUCCAUAGAGACCUUGUUCCUGCUCAACUUUCUCGCCCCACGCCUCUGGUACUUCUCCGCCACCCUCGCCCCCGCCUCCGAGCUCCGCCAGACCCUCGUCUUCGCCCUGCUCUUCGGCGCCCUGGGCAUGGCCGUCGACCUGCCCGCGUCCCUGUACAGCACCUUCGUGUUGGAGGCCCGCUUCGGCUUCAACCGCACCACCGCCCGCACUUUUGUUCUCGACCAGCUCAAGCAGGUCUUCUUGUCGCUCUUGCUCGGCUUGCCUAUGCUGUCGGCCCUGUUCUACGUCCUGCGCUACUUCUCCACGUACAACCCCAUCACUAUCGCCUUCGGCUUGUGGCUGCUCAUGUCUACCUUCCUCGUCCUCAUCAUGCUCAUCUACCCCUCCGUCAUCGCCCCAAUGUUUAACACCUUCAACCCGCUCCCCGAGGGGCAGCUCAAGAACAAGCUCGUCGCCAUGGCCAACCGCCUCGCCUUUCCGCUCAACAAAAUGUACGUCAUUGACGGCAGCCGCCGCAGCUCCCAUUCCAACGCUUAUGUUUUUGGCUUGUUCAAGAAGAACAUUUGUAUUUAUGAUAGCCUCAUAGACCAGUGCAAAGGGAACGAUGACCAGGUCGUCAGCGUCCUGUGCCAUGAGAUUGGCCAUGUCGCUUAUCGCCAUACCGUCCUCGGCGUCCUUAUUGCGCUCGUCCAAGUCUUCAUCACCAGUCUGUUGUACGGCUUGACUACGGGGAAUGAGGACCUGUAUCGCAGUUUUGGCUAUCACGAGGGCAUGCCACAUGUCAUCGGUUUGCUGCUGCUAAAUGAGCUCAUGGCGCCGCUGGGCGAACUCAUGUCGCCGUUGGCGAACAUGCUCAGUCGCCACUUUGAGUAUCAGGCCGAUGCGUUUGCAAAAGAACAGGGCAUGGCCGAGGAUCUGGGAAAAGCUCUCGUGGGUAUGUCCAUCGCAAAUCUUAGUAACAUGUCCCCGGACCCGUUCUACUCCACCUGGAACUACUCUCAUCCGACACUGCUGGAGAGACUCGACGCGCUCAAUGUUACGCCCGAGUACGAGGCAGAAUCGCAGGUGUCCAAGAAGGAUGACUAGAUAGUUUGAAUAGAUACAUUCCUGGAAUCGAAGGUGGUCAUCUACACGGGUUUCAGUUUUGGAACUCAUCAUUUUGCGAAAGCGGAUGGUUUGGCGUAUAUAGAAAAACAGGUCUUGCUCGGAGCACUACAGUACAAUGUUCACACUAGUUAACCCUUGUGUGGAAAGCUCGAUAAUGCUUGGGCUACAGUCGCGACUGGCAGACAAAAGUACGACAGCGAUGACGCUGCUGACUAUGAUUUCUGCAGUAUCGAGCCUUCUGCAGAUGACCACGCGGUAAGGGCAGCGUAUCAGAGAGACCUAAGGUUCAUCGCUCACUCUGACAACGCCCUGGGCAAUUGCGCAGUUUUCCAGAAUGCAGCAGUCAGCGGCCGUCGAUGCGUAACUAUGCACUUGAAAGCGUGUGCUAGCAUAGUUUUUUGAUAGGGAGUCGAAGUUCAUGCCCUUUUGUGAUUGUCGAAAAACGUACUUAUGUAAAGUAUCCAGCAACGUUAGAUGGAGGAGUCGUAAA